CGGAUUAUGCUUUUGUUUUGUUAUGGUGGUAAAUUAAAAAUCAAUUAAUUACUAUCUUCAUGUUGUUUACAAACAACCAAGAGUUACGAGAUUAGGCCGAUCAUCGUUGAUUGUUUAAAAAAUAAAAAGAUUAAAAAUGCCUAUAAAGACAAAGCAAAUAAAAGGGAUAUUAAUACCCAUGGAGGAACAAGUAAAUAAAUUGAAAGAACUAAUAAAUGCUAACCCUGUUACUCCAAAUGGGUCUAUAUCAAAAAACUCAUCUCUUUUCGAACACUUGGAAUGUUUGGGAGAAAAAUUUGAUACCUUGGUAAAAGGAGAAAUUAGUGAUUAUGAAGAAAUGGAAUCAAAGAUUAUUAGUAUUGUAGAAGAAUUUUGUUCACUAAAAUAUAUGGAUGAGUCUAUUGAAAGCAUAGACAAAGAAAUGGCAGUUCAAAUUUUGUCCACUGUGUUAGAUAAAUUUAAAUUAACUCUUGAAGGUCUAGAAAAAUUGGAAUGUUUGCCGCUGAAACAAAGAUUGACAGAAUGCCUAGAUUAUAUUAAGGAAAUGGGUCAAGCCAAUGAAAUUGAACAUUUUCAGAACAUCAAGGAAUUAGGCACUUCCAUUCUGGAAUUGCUUGGACCAUUACAAAUAUAUAAAAAAAGCUUAGUGUGUCAGUUGUUAGCUGAAAAGAUCAAACUAUAUUUGUGUCAGUUGUGUGCAGCAUUUAAACUGUUGGUACAAUUAGUACAAGAACAACACCGGCUAAAUGCACCAAUCUAUAAUUGCAAGAAAUAUGUCUGUGAAAGACUCUGCUUUUGCUUGAAGAUGAUAAUAGAAAUAUUGGAUAUAUCAGAUUCAUUACCUGAGGAUGAAGCAUUUGAACAAAAAAAUCAUUUUGUUUAUAGGAUGGAUUUGGUACUGGAUAUCUUGUCAGAGAUUCCAAAUAAAUCACAAAAAGAUCAAAUAUUGGAAUGCAAAGACUUAUGGCUUCGAAUAGAAGAUGUAUUCUCGUGUGCGAUGGCAAUUGCACAAGUCUGCAAACCUUCCAAUUUUAAAGCGAUAACCGGAACCUGUCAGUCGAUUAUAUCUGAAUAUGAAAAUUUGAAGUUCCAAUUAACGUCCGAAUCAUCUGAUACAGCAUUGAAUAAUUUGUUCAUGAACAGUUUAAGCGACGCGCUUUAUCGAUUAGAACGUAAAAUUAAUGUGUCGGUAUUGAAUCUUGUUAUGGAAGUUUUCAGUGAUCCCUUUCACGCUCUGAGAAAGCUUGUUACAAUCUGUGGCAAUUCAUUAAGCGCUAAAAAGCGAUCUAAGAACGAUUUAUCCAAUGCUAUAGAGGAUUUCGAUCAAAUUAUAGACAAAUCCAUGCAAAUUGGAUUGUUUGCUAUUGCCUCUUGCAAAGAUAAAAAUCGGAUUAAUCAAAUACGAAACUGUUUGGCAAGUCUCGAAUCUUUGGAAACAGAGUUGAUUUCUGCCAUUACCACUUUUUAUUUGCAUCCAGAGAGUAAAGAAAUGCGAGAAAAUGUAAAACUGUUAACUGGACAGUGGCAAUUGGAAGUCAAUAAGUUGCACGAUGCGAUUAAUCUAAUUAUAGAUUCGGGUGCUUAUUGUCAGGUAGUAUUAGACGAUCUUCAGGAUCGUAUUUCCGUAAUGACAAAUUGUCUCGACAAUAGGGAGCCUGUUACUCAAGCGCAAGUACAAAGUAUUGUACUUCGAUCCUUGUCGCUCUCCCGCCAAAUAAGUAUCACCAUAAACGAUAUUGGAAGCGACAUUAUUGAAAGGCAAACAAUAAUGAUGAUUAGAGAAUUAAAAGCUGCAAUAUUCGAAGCUGAUGCUGCCUCGAAAAGUCUGUUAGUGGAUAACGCUACGGAACCACAGCAAUUGCGAGUGAUAAAAAGAUGCGAAUUAAUUUUAAACGUAGUAAAACGAUUACAUCCCGCUUUAGUUGCUAUUAUGAAUAAUACAACAUUGAUGAAUAUAAGUUAUGGAAAAAGCAGUAAGGGACAAGGUGAUACUAUUCACGACGUGAGUAGCAAAUUGGCAUCUACAAUUUAUGGAUUAUCUAAUGAUAAUCAUCAUCAGAAACCUUUAGCCUAUGUAAGAACUCCUUAUACAGUGAGCAGUUGCAAAACACCCUUAUCUAUACAGACUGCGAAUAGUAUUUCUAAAACACAAUUGAAUUUAUCAUGUUUGAUUCCUUAUAUCAAGAAAGGGCGCGAGAUGCGCACCGAACGUUCGGUCAUGUAUAAAACACCACGCAAAAAUGACUCUGUUGAUCGAUCCUUGACCGACAUUAGGUUAAAACCACGUAGUUUGACUAGUAUCAGACAGCAUCUGUUUAGCAGGGACAGUAUUAGUUCUCAUGAUGAUAUCUGUUUGUCUGAGGAAACUAUGAAUCUAACAGGUAUUUUAGAAAGAUUUGUAUUUUCCUGUACAAACCUGUGCACAACCUCGUCGAAGUUUCAUCAUGUAGAAAAAACGCAACAUGAUACGAUCGCUGAAAAAUCUGAUAAAAAGUCUGUUAGAUGUUUAACAGAAUCGUUGGUUGAAUGCAUCGAAACGCAAUCUGAGAUUACAACUGGUAAAAUGGAUCAAUGUUCUACGAUCGGCGGAGGCGACGGGCCAUCAAUUGUGGAUAUGUCGAAAAGUUACGAUGAUACUCAACAUCCGAAUAAAAGUACAGAAAUAACACAAGAACGACUAUUUGGAGAUUAAAUGUUGCCGUUACGAUUUAUGUUGGUGAAGGAGAACAUUGAUCUUCAUUGAAUUUGGAGUUUCAGUAUAUCGAUUAGAAAAUAUAAACAUUCGCUGUUGAAAUAUACUACCUUAAAGUGGUUUCUAUUAAACACAUCAACAAUACUUUCAGAGCGAGGAAAUGAAAAAGAAUGAGAGGAGGGAGAUAAAGAAUAGGGAUUUUACUUAUAUCUAUGUUCUAUUUCAAUUUUUUCAUGAAUUUUAAGAUUUGUAAAAUUUUCAUUAAUAAAGGAAUGUUUUUGAAUUAGCC